AUGAUGGUAUGUACUUCGGGAUGUCCGCCCCGUUGCCUUCGCACCGCCGUUCUGAUCGAUAUACUUACCGUCCUGCGGAUACAGCCCUACAUCGGCGACUGCGUCUUCACCAGGAACCUGUCGCCUCACAAAUUCCAGGCGUUCAUCUCCAGCGACACAGGGGGGAUCGACCUCUGGCACAGCAUCACCGACUCCUUCCAAGCGAGCAGAUGGCAGCGAUCUGGGUGGGAAGUCGUCGUGCUGCGGGACGAGAAGGAUACAUGGCGCAGGGGCGUCUACAUGCGCAUCAAGGACGUCUCCGUCUACAUCACCAUCCGCUCCACCGACGAUAUCGACGUCAAAUACGGGCGAGACGACCUCAUACCGUCGUUGGACAUGUGCCUCGAGCUCGAUCCGUGGGGCCCAGACGCGCUAGCGGCGACAAUCCCCGGACACCGCUACAACGCUCACGCGUGCUACGCGCAGCCGUACAUCGGGGAGUGCGUCCUCAUCAGGUCGACGGCGAGCGAGCCGUUCCGCGCGUUCGUCUCGAACUACCAGGGCGGCAGCAACUCGUGGUUCACCCUGCGCAGCUCGUUCAGGGAUGGCCGCUGGGAUCGCCGGGGGUGGGAGGUCCUGGUUUGCAAGGACGGCAAGGAUACGUGGCGCAUGGGCGUUUACAUCUAUAUCAAGCGCGUGACGGUAUACGUUACGGUGAAGGGCGUCGGGGAUGUCGAGAUCGAAUACGGGAGGGACGGGGCGUACAAAGAUGACGGGGGAAGGAUAGAGAGGGAGAUGCGCGAGGCGACUCGGAGGUCGAACUUGGUGGCCGGUGUUCUCGACGCUGAGAUUCUGUGUGACGACGAUGAACAGCCAUGUCCUAGGAUCCUCAGCGACAUCGACAUCAAACGCUGGAGGGAGAGUGUGCGUGACUCGUAUGACGCAGGCGAGGGUAUUGGAAGGGAGACGAGCGAAGCAAAGUUGAACCUGCUGCAAGGAGCCGUUCAGGAGGUGGACGCCGAGACCUUAUGUGGCGACUACGAGCCCUGCCCUAAGAAACUGGAUAUGCGAGAUAUCAGCGGGUUCGACUCUGAUCCGUGGGCGUAG